AUGCGAAGAAUAGUAUUCAAACGAUAUCUUAGCAUAUCGAAAGAAAUUCAAGAAUGUCAACAACAAAAGAAAUUUUUAAAAGAAUAUAAAAUUAGAACUAAAUUAGAACAACCAAUCAUUCAUUAUUCAUCAAAACAGUUACCUAAAUUCUCGAUGCAGAAAUUAUAUAAACAAAGUGAAAAAUUAUCAAAUGAAUUUAUUUUACAAAAUGCAAGAGACACGAUAGAACAUUUAUUAAUUUAUAAUGCUAGAAGAUUAAAAGAAUUUAGAAAAUUACCUUAUCUUGUUGUUUUAAAUCCAUCUAUUUCAGAAAGUUAUGAUAUUUACCUACAGUCCAUGUCACAAUUAUUAAAAGCAAGUGCUUAUAUACCACAUAAUAUAGAAGAAAAUACUAAAUUUGCAACUGAAAUUCUUGGUGAAUUUAUUGAUAUUCAUGCUGAUACAUUACCAUCAUUAUCAAAAGGAUUUACAGAAGUUUCAAAUUUACUUUCAUUCUCACAGAUUAAAAAAUUCCUAGAUCAACAUUUGAAAGAGAGGAUAAGUAUGAGGUUAAUUGCAUAUCAACAUAUUGAAUUAACUAAAUCGCUAAAUAAUGUGGAGAAAUUUGUACCUGGUGGUAAAUAUAAUGGUGUUAUUAAAAUGUUAUAUAUUCCCGAUGUUAUAAAGAAAAAUGCAGAGAUUGUAAAUGAUAUCACAAUGAUGAAAUAUGAUCAAUCAGUCCCAGUUCAAAUUGAUACAAAUUUAUUACCUGUUAAUUAUUGGUCACAAGUUGAACCAGAAUUUAAUAAAUCGGAAGAAGAAGUUUUACAUUUUCCAUAUAUUGAGUAUCAUUUAGAUUAUAUAUUAAUGGAACUUUUCAAGAACUCCUUUAGGGCACAAAUUGAAAAUAAAGUAACUGAUCCAGUAGUAGUUACAAUUUCAACCAGUCUUGAGAAAUCAAAAUAUUUACAAAUUAGAAUAAGAGAUAAAGGUAAAGGAAUACCACCAACAACAUUAAAAAAUAUAUUUGAUUAUAGUUUUAGUACUUAUGAAAGUGGAGAAGGUGAUAGUUAUAAAACAUUAAAUGUGCCACCUGGAUUUGGAGGCAAUUCAGUAGCUGGAAUAGGAUUUGGACUACCAUUAGCAAAACAAUAUAUUGAAGUGUUUAAUGAUACGAUAAGAAAAGAAGACGAAGAAGAAGAACACGUUACAAAAGGAUCAUUAACAGUACAAACCUAUAAUGCAUGGGGUACAGAUAUUUAUUUAAAAACAAUUGGAUACUAG